UUGGAGACGGUGCAGAAGCCGACUGAGCACACGUCAGAAACCAUCCCAAGGACCUGUUCGCCCUCGGGGUCAGACACUACGGAAACCUCAGAUGGAUCGCCGCUCUCCUCUAACAGAUCUUCAACCUAUAACGAUCCAAAUUGCGACCAGCUGAAGGCUGCCCUCCCUAUUAUUGAGACUAAAGUGUCCAGCAGCGUUAAUUCAAGUACAGCCGCCUGCAACAAGCCGGCCGUAUUUCUGACCAAUUUGGCACCCACUAUCACGCCAGCCAUCCUCAAAGAUUACUUCUCCAAAUUUGGCAAAGUCAGGAAAGCGAAGGUGCUAGGCGGUAAGGCCAAGGGCAAAAGACCAGUCUGCGCGUUUGUUACCUUUGCUGACCUGAAGACUAUCGAGGGUGGUGUUCUGGAGGCUGGUCAUUUCCUGGAUGGCCGUCUUGUCCGUGUCAAACACCCAUGUUUGCCUCUUUGUGCCUUCCGUGUAUUUUGCUGGUUUACGCUUCAGGCCGUUUUUAUCAUUGACGUCUUUGAGUUAUGCUUUAAGAGUUGCAUUCUGCCACCAGUCAAGUUCAUAUCGAAGUUCAAUUUGGAUGGAAACUACGAUUGGCGCAUACAGCAGAGGCACUGUCUCAUUAAAUGUUAA